AUGUCCGACUGUGAGGGACUUGCACCGUACAUACGAUACUCCCUGGCCGAUAUCCCGCCAAACACCCCGAUACUUACCCUGUCGCUGGAGCUGCAAGCACUGCAAGGGAAUAAAAUUGCCAAACGGAAAUCCAACUGCGGUGUCGUCUUUCGAGUGCACCGAGAGGAUGACGGCCAUGACCAGGUUUGCUCAUUCUUUUGGAGCGGGAUGGUCGACGCUUUUGGGUCACAAGGCCUGGUGCUUCUGAGACACACAGGUGAUGGCCAAUAUGAGAGAAUUGACCCUCCAUUCGAAACAUGGCGUGUGUAUGAUGCUACAGAGCCGGUGAUCUCACCAACUACGCAGUUUUUGCGUGAAUUGGGUCCCGACGAGAGUACGCUCCGAUGGCUGGAGAGCUUUCCUCAAACAUGGAUGGAUGCCAUGACAACAGGUGGGAAAUAUGAAAUUGUGUGGCCAGGCGGCGACAUCCGCUGGUGGGCAUGGGGCAGCAUCGUGGAGAACAUGGACCGACCUCGCGAAGUAUCGCUUCGCGCAAUUCUUCCUGGUGCACCUCGUGUGACGUUUACUGUGAUUGACGAGCCCCCGGCACCGGUAUACGAGAAUCCUCGGCCCAAAUGGCCUUCUGUCCCAACUCCAGGGACGCCAAUGCUGACCACGUCACUCCACGGGCCCAAGCAAAAGGUAUGGAAUGAUGAAUAUUUCGAGCUCACCUACACCGUGACCUACAACGGUGUCAGACCGUUCGAUUCAAGCGGUGACGUCCAGCUGACGACGAGGCCGAUUAUAUUUGAUGCCUUUUACCUAAUAGUGCCCCUUGAAUGGGCUUUCAGGCGUCGCGGGAAUCAAGGUUGGGAGCUCUGUCAAGAUCCGAGAGUUGGGUGUGCUAUGUCAAGUUUGAUGUAUGAUCCUGAUGGCGAUGUGUCCGUGAACAUCAGUCAAGAUGCUAGAUGGAUAAGUCUGGCUCCAGGGGAGUCCUGGAGCAGUUCAUUGGAAGCUAACGAGCGGUUGCCGUCCGAUCAAGCUUCUGGGGAUACGUUCCGGUAUCAGUUAGAGGGGCAAGUCAUCAAACUGUGGAAUUGGGGCAGCAAGGAAGAUCACGCGCAGACCACGUUGAUACAUCGUGCAAGUAGUGGGUUUGAUGCCGUUGACUGGAAGAAAAGGCCACCCAUAGUAGUCCCAGCGUCGAAUUCGCUGGAGUUUACGAUAGAGUGA